UCACGGAGCGCUGCACCACUGGGUUGUGGGCUGCCAGGCCAGGGCUAGCUGAGCAGACAGCUCCACUAGGCAGUAAUUUCUGCCCCUCAUUUCCUGCUUUCCAUUUGAUCCAGACCUCUGGAGCUCCCAGAAUGCACCCUGUUGGGCUCCAACUGAAAAUGUUAAUGAUCCUGUUGUCAUGGCCAGCAACAGAAGCUCUUCCCCACCCUACCUCCUGUCCUGCCCCUCUGGCAGCCCUCUCCCCAGUGCUAUCCCCACCCAGAACUAGCAGCCUGGGCCUGGACAGUUCUGUGAGCCACCCCUCCCUCUCCCCAGGGCUCUAUACACAUACGAGGAUGGCUCAGAUGACCUCAAGCUUGCAGCAUCAGGAGAAGGGGGCUUACAGGAGCUCUCCGGCCACUUCGAGAACCAGAAGGUGAUGUACGGCUUCUGCAGCGUCAAAGACUCCCAGGCUGCUCUGCCAAAAUACGUGCUCAUCAACUGGGUGGGUGAAGAUGUCCCUGAUGCUCGAAAGUGCGCUUGUGCCAGCCAUGUGGCUAAGGUGGCUGAGUUCUUUCAGGGUGUCGACGUAAUUGUGAAUGCCAGCAGUGUGGAAGACAUUGACGCGGGAGCCAUUGGUCAGAGGCUCUCCAAUGGGCUGGCACGCCUCUCCAGCCCUGUGCUGCACCGACUGCGGCUGCGGGAGGAUGAGAACGCUGAGCCUGUGGGCACCACUUACCAGAAGACUGAUGCAGCCGUGGAAAUGAAGCGGAUUAACCGUGAGCAGUUCUGGGAACAGGCCAAGAAGGAAGAAGAGCUUCGGAAGGAGGAGGAGCGGAAAAAGGCCCUAGAUGCUAGGCUCAGAUUUGAGCAAGAAAGAAUGGAGCAGGAACGGCAGGAGCAGGAGGAACGUGAGCGGCGCUAUCGAGAGCGAGAGCAGCAGAUUGAGGAGCACAGGAGAAAACAGCAAACUCUAGAGGCAGAAGAGGCCAAGAGGCGGUUGAAGGAACAAUCUAUCUUUGGUGAUCAACAGGAAGAGGAGGAAGAGACCCAGAUGAAGAAGUCAGAAUCAGAGGUAGAGGAGGCAGCUGCCAUUAUUGCCCAGCGGCCUGACAACCCACGGGAGUUCUUUAAGCAGCAGGAACGAGUCGCAUCAGCCUCUGCGGGCAGCUGUGAUGUGCCCUCACCCUUCAACCACCGAUCAGGUCGUCCGUACUGCCCUUUCAUAAAGGCAUCGGACAGUGGGCCUUCCUCCUCCUCCUCUUCCUCCUCUUCCCCUCCACGGACUCCCUUUCCCUAUAUCACCUGUCACCGCACCCCAAACCUCUCUUCCUCCCUCCCAUGCAGCCACCUGGACAGCCACCGGAGGAUGGCACCUACCCCCAUUCCUGCCCGGAGCCCAUCUGACUCUAGCACAGCCUCUACCCCUAUCACUGAGCAGAUUGAGCGGGCCCUGGAUGAGGUCACAUCCUCACAGCCUCCACCACUGCCACCACCACCCCCACCAGCCCCAGAGACCAAGGAGCCAAGCCCCAGCCUGGACACUGAAGAGACUUGCAAGGAGGCCAGAGCAGCAGACCUUCAGGCCUGGGCUGGUCCCAUGGUGGAGGCUUCUCAGGCACAGGAGCCUCCCCAGGGGCAGGGCAGCAUGGUGGAGGACUUGAUGUUCAUGGAGUCUCCAGGGAAGGCUGACCUUGCUGCCCCUGUAGAGCCUGCCACAACUGAUAUCACUGUGGCCAACCUCUCAGAAGCUGACACCCACACAGCUGACACCAUUGAAACCGCCACUGACACCACUAUUGCCAACAAUAUCACCCCUGCCACUGCCAGCCUUGUUGACCUAUGGCCUGGCAAUGGGGAAGGGGUCUCAGCACCCCAGGCAGAGCCCAGGGGCCCCACAUCACCUUUGGGUGCUGAGGCCACUCUGGCAGAGGUGCCCCUGCUUGAUGACGUGGUUCAAGAGCCACUGUUGCCAGUGGGUGAAGGCUGUGCCAACCUCCUCAAUUUUGAUGAGCUGCCUGAGCCCCCAGCUACCUUUUGUGACCCAGAGGAGGAAGUAGGAGAGCCCCUGGUUGCCCCCCAGGCUCCAACUUUGCCCUCUUCUCUAGAGGAGGUGGAUCGGGAGGCAGAGCCUGAACCAGAGCAAGAGCUGGAGCAGGAACCCCACCUACUACUGACCAAUGGCGAGACCACCCAGAAGGAGGGGACCCAGGCCAGCGAAGGGUACUUCAGUCAAUCACAGGAAGAGGAGUUUGCUCAAUCAGAAGAGCUAUGUGCAAAGGCACCACCUCCUGUGUUCUACAACAAGCCUCCAGAAAUUGACAUCACCUGCUGGGAUGCAGACCCAGUACCGGAAGAGGAGGAAGGCUUCGAGGGUGGUGAUUAGUAGUGGCUCCUGCCAUCUGGCUGCCCUCCCCAAGGCUGCCCACCUGCACCGGCCUCUGGUCAGAUGGCCCACAGCGCCUGCAUAUGCAGCAGCUCUGCCUGGCACCCACUCUGGAUUCAGGCUCUGGCCGGGGACUUUUCCGCUUCCCUACCCACAGGGCCUGACUUUUACAGCUUUUCUUUCUUUCUUUUUUUUUUUUUUUUUUUUUUUUAAUUGAUAGGAGACUUGUACAGUUGACUGGUUUUCCUCGUUGGUAGUUGAGACGCUGUUGCAAACCCCACCCCACCCCUAACCUGGUCCAGAUUGUAGCUUAGUCCUCCCCGCUCAGCUGGCCAGGGUAGAGGCCUCACCGUGUUUGGGGCCUGGUGUGGGGGAAGCUCUGGUGAGAAAAUGUGCCCCUGCCUCUUUUCCUAGUUUUAUGUUUCUUGGAAAAAUAUCACUUUGUAUUCUC